GUGAUUCCAUCCGUUCGAUCUCGGAGCAAAACAUUUUGCAUUCAUUUUUCCUUUAACCUUGUUUACCAGCUUCCAUUGCUUUUCUUUCGUCGUUGUUUAAACCGUACCUGAAACUGAUUUCAAAUAUAAGAUAGAGCAACCACUUUUCAGUUGAGAGAUUCACAUCCUGGUUUUGUUUUGCUUCGGAUCAUGAAAAUUUAGCUAUUUAGCUCUGGAGAUUGAGUUCCGGUUCUUAAAAUUGCAUUUAGGAGAUACCCUUUUGAUAUUCAUAGAUCUACUGGGUUUUUUGCAGUAUUUUCUGGGGUGGUAUUGAAUCUAUUUGCCAAUUUCUGGUUCUGCGUGUUCGUUUUUAGGGGUAGAUCUUGGCCGGGUUUCGAUGUGGCAUGGAUAUCGGAUGGAAAUUUUGGAUACCCAUUUGGGGAAAUUGUUGUUCUGAUGUGAAUUUUUGCGUGAUUGAUGAUGGGACUUCAUCUCUGAGUUUUUGAAAGAGUGAGUUCGAUAAUUGGUUUUGUUUAUAGUCAGAAAGUGAUUUUCUUUGGAAGAAACAUGUUCAGGUGGGGACGUGAGAGAGAGACCAAAGAACAGAGUGGUUUACCGCCUUGUGGGCAGGUUCGAGUUCUUGUUGUUGGUGACUCAGGGGUGGGAAAAACUUCUCUUGUUCAUCUUAUAGUCAAAGGUUCUUCCAUUGCACGCCCUCCGCAAACAAUUGGAUGUACAGUUGGAGUAAAGCAUACCACAUAUGGUAGUCCUGGUGGCUCUUCAAGUAGCAUUAAUGGUGAUGCUGAGAGAGAUUUCUUUGUUGAACUGUGGGAUGUGUCAGGACAUGAUAGAUAUAAAGAUUGUCGGUCUCUCUUCUAUUCACAGAUUAAUGGUGUUAUUUUUGUUCAUGAUCUAUCUCAGAGGAGAACAAAAUCAACCUUGCAAAGGUGGGCUUCUGAGAUUGCAGCAACUGGGACAUUUUCUGCUCCGCUUGGUAAUGGUGGUCCUGGUGGCCUUCCUGUCCCAUAUAUUGUUAUUGGUAACAAAGCAGAUGUUGCUGCAAAAGAGGGUACUAGAGGUAGCAGUGGCAAUCUAGUUGAUGUGGCUCGUCAGUGGGUUGAGAAGCAGGGUUUGCUUCCAUCUAGUGAAGAGAUUCCAUUAACCGAGAGUUUUCCUGGAAAUGGAGGCCUUAUUGCGGCUGCCAAAGAAGCAAGAUAUGACAAAGAAGCUGUAAUGAAGUUUUUUCGUAUGUUGAUUAGGAGAAGAUAUUUUGCUGAUGAAUUACCAGCAUCAAAUCCUUGGUCCACUUCUGUUCAGAGGCCUGUCCACCAUGUAGAUGAAAAUUUGAUUGAUGAAGACCAGUUUUAUAAGAAUACAAGUUUACGCAGUGGUGAUCCAUACAAGUACAACACUCUCCCUCCCCUCCCAGCACAGCGCAAUCUGACUCCACCUCCCACACUAUACCCACAGCAGCCAGUUUCAGUGUCUGAGAAUUAUACCCUCCCAAGAUUCUCCCUAAGUGGUUCCCAAGAGAUCAACAGCAGCACCAGAUCAAAGCGUGCAGACAUUAACGUCUAAUCUCCAUUGCAGGUUUUUUCUUUUUGUUGCAGUAUCUUUUCUAAUACACAAGAAUACUACUCUUUGUUGGGACAGAGUAUUAUUCCAUGUAUGUUUAUUUGCUCAUUCUUUUCUUGAUUGUAAAAUCCACUCCAUUCUUUCAUAUCCAGGGUCUCUUCUUGUAAAGGGAUUUUUUGGGUUACUUGUGUAUAGAAAUAUAAUUACUGAAUCUUUGGACCUCCGCUCUGUCCAUCCCCCUCUUAUCAAUGUUUUGUAUAAGUCCAAACUAUAAAAUUUCCAGUGUUUG